GUAAAAGAGAGCUGAGAAUGCCAGAGACUGACCAUGACAGGCCUGAAGCUCCUGCUGUGUGCGUCAUCGGGGAGCUGCCAAGCAGCGUAUGCCUCAGAGGAUGGAUGUGAGCGUGGGCUGGAACUCUGAGAACAAGGUGUGUGCCACAGGUGAGAAGCGUUCACGUUCCUCCAGAAAGACCACUAAGCCAGUGUGCCACACAUCAAGCCUCCAGGAGGAGGCAGGUAUGAACUACUCAUGGCCAUGCCGUCCUCACUGCAACCCUGCUGGACCUUUGGGCAAGCAGGAGCUUCCUGCAGAGUUGCAGUGUGCAGGCAGAGAAGCCUGCGAGACCUACUACCAGAAACAAGGUGGGAGUACAGUUGGAGUCUUUGUCCCCUCCAGUGCUGAUUUUGACCUGCAGUGUGAAGAUAAAGAGCCCCAUUCCUCUGAACAGCCCAAGAAACCGCAGGGGCUGUGUGAUGACGGCGAGCACACCGUUCUUGCCGAUGUGUUCCAUGAGGAGCGGGAGCCUGAGCAAGCUUUGCCCUGUCGCCGCUGGAAGCGCGGCUCCUCUUCCGUGGCCGUGAGCGAGCUGCGGGAGCACCCAGGGACUCGCCGUGUGGAACACUCCUGUCCCGUCUGCGCCAAAGAGUUCUUGCGGGCGGCGACCCUGCGCAUGCAAGAGCUGACCCACUGCAGCCACAGGCCGCACAGGUGUCCCAAGGGCUUCCUCCGCACGGCCGAGGUCUGGAGGCACUUGCGCAGCGUGCACAAGGUCGAGCGCUCCAUGGUGAUCCUGGCGAGCGGCAUGGCUAGGAACCCCUGGGCCGCAGCGCACCGCAGCCAGCGCACGGUUGAGUACACCGAGCGGUCUUGUGCUGAGCGCCGCAAGGCUGAGCGGGACGACUGCAAGCCUUAUACCUGUCCGACGUGUGGCAAAGGUUUCGAUAAGCCCAACCUGCUUUCCAAGCACAAGGUGAUCCACCGCCAGGACAAGCCCUCCAAGUGCCAGGAGUGUGGCAUGGCGUUCGUCCAGCUGCUCAGGCUGCAAAGACACCAGCAGACUCACUCCGGAGAGCGCCCCUUCUCGUGCGAGGAGUGCAGAGGGACCUUCACCCGGCUGGCAUCGCUGCAGCGCCAUCACCGCAUCCACACUGGGGAGAAGCCCUACUCCUGUGGUCACUGCGGGCACUCCUUCACCGAGUCGGGCACCCUGUGGAGGCACGAGCGCACGCACAAACUGGGCAAGCCUUUGGGACUGUGGUCUCCUUGGCUGCUUCUAACCUGAGCGGAGCUCUGCUCAGCUGGGCUGGAGACAGCACUCCACAGCAUGUGCUCUGGCCAGUCCACGCCUACCUGCCAGCCAUGAACACUGUACUGUGGAUAACUCUGGAAGUUUUGCUGGUACAGAUUGCACAGAGUGGCUUUGAACUGAAAGAACUUCCUGCAGCCUGGAUGUGAGGAGGAAGUUGUUGAGCAUGAGAGUGGUGAG